AGUUGUGGGUUUGUUUCCUUCUUUCAGUUCUAUCAGUUUUCUCUGAUAUACUGUGGUGAUGUCAACAGUAGAAAUGGGAGUUCCAAGUGAAAAUAAUAUUCAGAAGGUUGAGUUAGUUGAUAUGAUUGAAGUUGAAGAUGAAAUGAGUGAUUCUGAUCAUAAUGCAGACUGUGAUUUUGAUACAUCUGACGAUGAACAGUCAUUUGACACUCUGCCAUUGAAGAUAAACUGGUUGGAUGUCUCUCCCUAUGGGUUGCCAGGUCAACUAGGGUUAAGUGAUUUGCCAGGCUGUCGAUUUAGCAGUGUCUGGAGAAAGCUGAAGACAGAUAUCGAUGAUCUGAAAAAGAUUGGGAUUAGCGAUAUGUUUCCUCUGUGUACAAAGGCUGAGCUGAUUCGCUACAGAGUGCCAAACCUUCUGUCAGACUACGCCACAGCCGAAUUCUCCCUCCACUACUUUCCAAUUCAGGAAAGCCUUGAAAUCACAGAUAUCUUGGAGGUUCUUGACAGACUGAGGAAAGUGCUUUCCGCUGGGAGAAAGCUAUUGCUCCACUGCUACGGAGGCCAGGGGAGAUCCUGUAUCAUUGCCGCCUGCUUACUGCUUCAGUUAGAUCAAGGAAUGAGCUCAGAAACUGCCAUCAAGAAAUUGCAAGAGCUGAGAGGACACAAUGCCAUAGAAACAGUCAAGCAAUACAAUUUUGUCAACGAUUUCCGUAAACUUGAAGAGGAAUGCCACGAAGCUAUGAAAACGGAAGGAGAACUACGAUCUGUCUCGAGAUAACAAGAGAUAGGACAUGACAAGCGAGGAGUCCUUGUAAU